AUGAAUUCAGAAAAUUGCAGUUUUAAAAGGAAGCUUACAUUGCAAGAAUGCUUGCUAUUUUGUGAAAAAAGAAGAAAAAAUAAUGACAGUGAAAAAGUGAUGGAAAAAAAUUGCGCGAUAAUUAGGAUUAAUGGAAGCAUAGCAGGUAGGGAAAGCAGAAUUAUCAAUGAAAAAUUAAUUAAAUAUAACGAAGUCAUAAAAGAUAUCCAAAUGAAGUUUAAUCUCUACAAAAAUGACAAAAACAGUCCAACAAAAGACCAAAAAUGCUUGAUUUUACAAAGUUCGAGGCCGCUUACGAUUCCGAUUGGACCUAAAUUUUCUAUUGGAAAAAAAUCUCCAUAG